UAUUAUUAUCCUACUCUAUUUAGCCUUCUUAUUUUUACCCUUAUUUAAAUUAUAGACGACAGAUCAUCCAAGUUUUAACAUAAAAUACGACAUGUCGUAUAUUCACUCGUAUUUCUGAAUCCACGGUUAGAAAGCCAUAGAAUUCUGCAUUUUGGUUCAGGAAACUCUACUUCAAAUAGGAUUUGGAAACUUCAUGACUUCCAAGUUUCUGAUUUCCUUCUCUAAAACUGAUUAAUCUUUAUUAUUUAUUUAUUCUAGAUUGUCCACAGAACCCAUUAAGAUUUUCACAUCUCUCUUUUUGCCUUCAAAAUCUUCUAGUUUUUGUUCUGCUUUUGGUGUCUUUACUGCUCUCAGUUCAUCAAUGGAGACUCAAAAACAAACACCGAAUAAACAAAAGCAAAUCUCUUAUCGUAAAAGAGUGAUAUUCAUGAAGCGCAAGAGCCACAACAACCCACAAGACUACAAAGGAACGACCGAAAUUCCAACAAAGUUCAAUCUUGUUCGUCAGAUUGAAAUAAAGAGACAGAGAACAAGUAUAGUAUCAACCGAACUUAGGCCUUUUGAUGAUACUUGGCCUACGGCUAAACAAUACUCAGAGGGAGUUGAAAAAGAGAGAGAGACGGCCAACUGGAAGAUAGCAAGGAUGAAAUAUUGCAGUCCUGAAGAGGAAGAAGAAGAGAGGCGGAAGGGUGUUUCAACCAAACUAAGUCUCUACACUGAUCCAUGGAAGAUAAAGAAGAAGCUUACACAGAGUGACUUAAGUGAUCUUUGCAGUCUUUUGUUGCAGGCAAGUUUGGUGGAGAGUCAUGUUUUGGCGUUCCUGAAUGCUGAUGAGGCCAAUAAGGUUCAGGGGAAAGAGGGUUUGAGAGUGAUGGUGUUGGAUCGAGAUACAGAGUCAGAGCACUCAUUGGUAAUGAAGAAGUGGUCGACUUGUAAGAGCUACGUUUUCAUUGAGGGAUGGGGGCAGAAAUUUGUUAACAGAAGGAAACUGAAUCCUGGAGAUGAGAUUGGUUUCUACUGGGAUCCAUACACUUCAAUGUUAAACUUUAGUGUAAUCGAAAGAGAUGGAUCAUAGUAGAAUUGAUUAUUUUACCUUAGCGGAUUUUGUUAAAGAAUAAUACAUAACAUUCGAUGCAUAAAUUAAAUAAUUUUUAAUUUUGUGUAUGUAAUAUAUU